AUGGUAGACGCUUUGUCUACGGUAGAAUAUGUUGUGUUCAUCGCUGCUAUCAUUGGAAAUAGCAUCUUUUUUCUGUUCAUACGAUACAAAACAGACCCGAUCAUGGACGUAUAUCGUAUAUUACUGUACUACAACUUGUUCUCAGACGUCUGUUUAACUGUAUUUUCAUUUUUCUGCAAACCUGUAAGUUUUUUAAAUUACAAUUGAAAUUUGGGAGCUUACUGUAACUUUUAUUAUACUGCUUUACUGUGGCUUUUUAUAAUGUUGUACUGUAGUCUGAAAUGUGGUCCCUUUUUGUAAACUUGUAAUUACAUUAGCACGUAAACCUUCUUAAAAAAUAAUAGAGUUACAAUUAUAAGUACUUAAAGGUUUACCACGUGAGAAAGUAAAGUCUAUAAUUAUAAGUUACUAUUUUUUAAAUGUUUACGUAAGUUGCAAAUAUAAAGAUCACAAUGUAAUAGGUGUAAUUAACCACAAACUGAGCUGUAAACUAUAUACUACAAGAUACGAUACUUCUGUGAAUGUAAAAAAAACAGCACAGUAAAAAAUAUCUUGUUUAAACCUGCAAUACGUUUUUGAAAGAAAUAACAAUACCUAAAAAUGAGUACCUUAUUCCUUUCCAGAUGAUAGUAAUAUACGAUAGUCACGCUUACUUCCUCGGUAACUCUCCCAUUCAAUACGAAACAUCUCAUUUCCAUUUUAUCAUGUUUUUACUGUACAUCUUUUGCUUUUACCAGCCAUUCGUCGUAUGCCCAAUGACAUAUUACUUUAGAUACUUGGCUGUUUGCGAGUAAGUUUUUACUGCUAAUUUUUGGUUACAAGUUGACUUAGUAAUAAUUAUUACAUCUUUCAAAAAUAUAGUCUUUAAUUACUAAUACAGCAACUUUCUAGGGCUAGAAUAUUAUCAACGGCACACUUUUUGUUGUUAGCUUUAUUUUGGACUAUCGUAGCUGUUGGAAGUGACUGUUUCUCAGCUUACUUGAGCGUCUACCCUACAGAAGAGCGACUUACAGAGUUUCAUGAACAUGUCAGUGCAAAUACGACACUUCUCAGAGCUAUAGAACGACCGUUUGCUGGACUUUCAGCUGAUAAAGAUGUAGGUAUUUAGUUUUUACAGGUAUUUUUACAUGGUUUUUGACAUAGAUUUUUUAUAAAAACGUUUAACAAUUGUAAAAAGCGUAAUGUUGGCGUUUUUUAAUAUGGUAUAAAGUAUACCUUAAAUAUUUGACACCGUAUAACAUGGAAAAUUUAAAAAAACAACAACAAAGUUCUCUGCUCAUGCCUAAAAUAAACAUUUUUUCAGCUAAGAAUGCUAACAUUUACCUUAACGGUAGGAUUUGUUAUCGUAUCAGCGUCAUACAUCCUGACAUUCACCUUCAUGCACUUGGUGACAUCGUCUUUCCGGGUACGUAACCGCGGCACAAAAUGGCAUGACAUAAACAAACAGAUUGCUCGUGUUAUGUUGGUACAAGUGAGUUUUUGUAUCGUACAACGUCUAAAUCACAAACACACAUUUGCCUCAGCAUUUACGUGUCAUUUUUAAUACAAUACUGAAGUUCACUCACUCUCAGCACCAUCCCCUAAUAUAAAAAAACAAUGCCAAUACACCUACACCUAAUUUUAGGCAAGCGUACCAAUGUUACUAAUGGCCCCGGGCUACAUGUUACUAUUCCAAAUGUACACUAUGGGAGCAGAGUCGGACUUCAAGCAGUAUCUCAUGAACAUCCUCAUGACGAUGGCGCCGCUUGUAAAUCCGUAUGUUGGCGUUCUCAUGGUAAAAGCGUAUCGGGACCAAAUCAAAAGCUGGUUCACUGGUACUACUGUGACAGAAGUGUUCCCGGAAGAGAGGACGGCUUCUAAUGCUUAA